CCCGGUUAUACCAGGUUAUGCAGAUUGCUUUGUAACCUUGUUAACGAUCACUCUAUUAAACAUUAACCUUGUCGUUUUAGUGCUACCCACCACCCAGGGGGGACAAAAUUUUAGUUGUCAGAUGAGAGAGCAUGUGUGCAGAUGAAUCUGGGAGUGACACAUGGAAAUGAGAGAGAGGAUGUGGCAAAGGAAAUUCAUCGACUUCCGUUUGGCAAUCAAAGGAAUCCCCGAAUCACCGACCAGGGAUGCCAGUAUGAGAGGAAAAACGAGCGCGUCCGAUGCCGAACGUGGACUCGUAAAGCCAUACUCAGUGUCGUCUGUGUACACGAGAAAAAAAGCCGGAUACACGCGAGUAUUGGAAUUUAAAUCAGGGGCCUCGGUCGGAGGUACGAGAUCGGGGCGAAGUACUAUUAUCAGGACACUGGCAUUUGUCUUCCUCGCGACAUUUCUGUGGCUGCAGCUUCACGUUAUCAGUCUCACCGGUAGAAAUUCGCCAACUCAGUCAUCACCGAAUGAAACAUUGUUUUCCCUUGUGCCUCAAGAAUUACACAGAUUCUUAAAAGACAGACGUAAUAGCUCACUGCAUCAAGGCCCUAAUGGAACACUCGGUAGUCUUGCUGAGCUAGACAUUAUCGAGAUUCAGCGUAACAUCGAGAGAGUCAAUGCUGAGCAAAAAAUUUAUAACGACGAUGCAUUUGGCCCACUGUCACCGGAUGCACCAGUAAUUGUCGUUCAGGUUCACUCGAGAUUGACGUACCUGAGACAUCUCAUUGUAUCAUUGGCACAAGCUCGAGGCAUCGAGCAAGCCCUUCUGGUGUUCAGUCAUGAUGUCUGGCAUCCUGAUAUCAAUUAUCUCAUCCAGAGUGUUGAUUUCUGUCGAGUUAUGCAGAUAUUCUAUCCGCACAGCAUUCAGACACAUCCCAGGAGUUUUCCAGGGGAGGAUCCCAACGACUGUCCCCGGAACACCAAUAAACAGCAAGCCUUGGCCUUAAAAUGCAUAAAUGCUCAGCAUCCGGAUCUCUACGGUCAUUAUCGCGAGGCUAAGUUCACCCAGACUAAGCACCACUGGUGGUGGAAGGCAAAUCGUGUCUUUGAUCAGCUCACGGUGACCCGCAAUCAUACCGGAAUGGUGCUAUUUCUGGAGGAGGAUCACUAUGUGGCCGAGGAUUUUCUCCAUGUGCUCAGGCUCAUGGAGCAAACAUGCAAGCACGCGUGCGAACGCUGCAAUGUUCUCUCCCUGGGGACUUAUCUCAAGACUUACAACUACUACGCCGACUACAGCCGUAAGUACUUCGGUGUCAACGCAGUCCUCCAGAAGGAACUGCUUCGUGGCCUAGACAGACGUGAGCACCGUCAUCACGUCUAUCAACAGCCCCGGCAUCAGCAGCUUGACAAUCAGGGAAAUCCAUCGCCUGAGACUCGGCGCACUGGCUCAACUCCAUUUUAUCAUAGUACCAAGUCAAUUCAACCAUCACCCGCAUGGGCUUAUCAACUCUUACCGAGCCUCUACAGUCAUUACCAGAAGGCCGAGGUGAUACCGUGGAUUUCUAGCAAACAUAACAUGGGAAUGGCUUUUAACCGCAUCACGUGGAAUAAGUUGCGUAAAUGCGCAUCGCAGUUUUGCUCGUAUGAUGAUUAUAAUUGGGACUGGAGUCUUCAACAUGUUGCACAGACAUGUCUUCCACCGAGCAGGGGUGCAGGUGCUGCACCGAGAGUGGAUUCUGGACUGGUUACCAUGAUGAUGCGUGCACCAAGGGUUUUUCACAUCGGAGAAUGUGGUGUUCACCACAAAACUAACAACUGCGAAUCAACGGCUGUGAUUGCUAAAGUUCAGAAUGUCCUGAAAUCAGCGAGGGCUCAUCUGUUCCCCUCCCAGCUGACCCUGACAAUAGCGAGUGUAGCAAAAAAGACUAAAUUGCGAAAAGGCAAUGGCGGCUGGGGUGACAUCAGGGAUCACGAGCUCUGCUGGAACAUCACCGUCAGUCCUGAUCUCGUAUUGCCUUGAAGAGAAAAAAAAAUGCCAGGUUCCACUGGUCCACCAGAGGAACGCACCUGCCUAAUCUUGAAUCAGUAUAGUAACGGGUGAUGUGUCGCCGAGUUAUUGUCAACGCAUCAUUUUGUCGGAUACGUAUCAAAUUUACAUUUCGUAUUUAUGACGUCUGAAAGGCAUUAUCUAUUCGCAAGAAGUUAUAGUGAUAUGAUCGCCCAAGGGGAUCGCAUAACGCACACGCUCAAGUCUCGUGGAAUUCGCCGGAUUUUUUGUUUAUUUUCAUUCAUCAAUAAUCGAGGCUAUUGAAUUGUUUAAGUUUUUUUUUACACUAGGGUUUAAGAUUAGCCAACGAAUUUUUCUUUCAACGAUGCAUACACGACAUUCUAGUCAUGCCUGAUUCAAUCGUUAAUAUUAAUGCGACAUAAAAAUGACGGACUGUCACGAGUGGAGAAAAUCGAAUGGAAUUCCACAGGUUUUCGAUAAAAAAAAAUUUGGCACAAACUCCAGGGAAGUUUAGGCUUUUAUACGCCAUUAAUUUCCUUUUCAAUGUGAUUUAAAGUUAAAGCUAGAGAUUACUGUUUUAUUUUCACCUCUAUUACUUUAUAUAUAAUGAAUUUUGCAAAUUUCGUUAAUUACUGGUAUUAAAAAUGCACAAGUGCGCACAGUCUUUGAGACUUUUGCCUGCUGUAUGUGUUGUAGGGCAUUAUGACAGACGAAUGACACCUAGUACCAACACUUAAUGAGGUAUUUAUUUAUUUAUUAUCAUUUUUUUUUCUAUUGUAACUUCAGGGGAGUGUUGAAAUUUAUUUUCACGGAUGAAGCAAUGAAUUUCGCUUAUUACGCAUAAGUACAUAGGUAGGUUUGUUGUUGAUAGUGAUGACUAUUACGGCGAAUAGGCAUUGAAUAUUUGUGAAUCGUCUAGUGUACUUGGUAUACCAAAGGACGAUGUUGUACCGUCAGCAAUUUUCUAUCGAAAUAAAAAAAAAUGUUCCUCAUA